AAAAAAAAUAGUGAAAAAUAUCCAAGAAGGCGUUUAAAUAAAUAAAAAUAAAUACAAUUUCUUAAUUUUAACAUUCUUUUUAACAAUAUAAAUAAAUUAAAAGUUAAUUUUAACAACACUAAUAUGUGUAAUUGAGAAUAAUUAGAAGACAUAAAAUUUUGCUGCCAACAGCGACGUCAAUGUAUUGAAAAAGUUUCAUAGAAAAAACUGAUUGCUGCAAAAUAUUACAAAAACUUGGCAUAAUUUAUGAUUUAUAAAUUUUAAUUUAUAAAACACAACAAAAUUGUUUGAUUAAUUUUGAUAGUGAAAACAAACGCAUACACAGAAAUAUUUAAACAAACCAAUACAAAAGCUGCAAAUACAAAAUAUAAAAUAAAAUUAAGAAAGAAGACAAAAAAAAAUCGGCGCUCACGCAAGCGUCUACCGCAAUAUUAUUUCUUGUGUUGUUUUUGUUGCAGUUGUUGUGUGUACAAUUCAUUCAGUGUUUAACUGUCUCGUCUUGUUGCUGUUUUGUUUGUUGUUGUUUCUGUUGUAGUUGUUGAUAUUUAAGUACAAUAUUUCUUUAAAAAAAAAAGUAAACUACUUACUCGCUCACUCACUCACUCGUCAGUAGUUGGGUUAAUAUUUUUUAUCGUCGCUAGUAGAGCAGAGGCAGCAACAACAGCAAAACGAUCAAUUAAAAGUAGAAGCUAUGGGUUAUGACCUACAUCGUUUCCAGGGCGAGGUCGAUGAAGAACUAACAUGUCCCAUUUGUUCUGGUGUCCUAGAAGAACCUUUACAGGCUGCUAUGUGUGAACAUGCUUUCUGUCGUGCUUGUAUUAAUGAAUGGCUUUCACGUCAACCAACCUGCCCAGUUGAUCGCAAUGCAUUAACUACAGCCAACCUACGUGCGGUACCCAGAAUAUUACGAAAUCUUCUAUCACGACUCUCUAUUACCUGUGAUAAUGCUGCCUACGGUUGUACAUUAGUUCUAAAACUCGAUGCUCUCAACAAUCACCUGGAAGAGUGUGAACAUAAUCCCAAGAAACCUUUACCCUGUGAAAAGGGUUGUGGAUUUGUUAUACCCAAAGAUGAACUUAAAGAUCACAAUUGUGUACGAGAAUUACGUACAAUGAUACUAACACAACAGCAAAAGAUGAUUGAAUUUAAAACAGAAAUUGCCGAUCAAAAUUUAACCAUAAACGAACUGAAACGUGAAUUACAAUUAUUCAAAGAUUUUAUGCGUGCUAUGAGAGUUUCAAAUCCAGCAAUGCGUGCUAUAGCCGAUCAGAUGGAACGUGAUGAAGUUAUACGUUGGAGUAGUACAUUGGCCCGAGCACGAGUAACUCGUUGGGGAGGCAUGAUCUCAACACCAGAUGAUGCUUUACAGGUGAUGAUGAUUAAACGUGCUUUAUCCGAAUCGGGUUGUCCUCCUCAUAUCUUAGAUAAUCUCAUGGAAAAUUGUCAUGAACGACGUUGGCCGCGAGGUUUGAGUUCGUUAGAGACUAGACAGAAUAAUCGUCGUAUAUAUGAUAAUUAUGUGUGUCGGCGAGUACCAGGCAAACAAGCUGUUUUAGUUCUAAGUUGUGAUAAUGCUCACAUGUCGGAAGAUGUUAUGGUCGAGCCAGGUCUUGUUAUGAUUUUUGCUCAUGGCAUAGAAUAAGUAAAUUUAAUUAUUUUUUUUUUGUAAUUAAGAUUGUUUUGAAUGUGUGUAUAUGUUUGUUAUACAUUAUCAUUGAAAUGAAAAUUUACUUUUGAAAAAAAAUCUAUAUAUUAUAACGUUUAUAAACAAAAGUAAUCAUGAUAAAGGAAAAGCAAAAUUAGAAAUGAAGAAUCUUCUUUAAAUAAUGUUAAUUAUUUUUUAAUAAGCUGUUUUUUUAAGUAAACAAAUACACAAUUAUACAAACAGAUAUAUAAUUCUAAUUCAAUGAAUACCAUGACUUUAUUUUUUAAUAACACAUUUUAUUUGUAUAUAUAUAUAAAUAUUAAACAUCAUGGCUUUAAUUUAAAACAAAAAAUGGCCUUUAGAUAAUAUUUUUGCUAAUUUUUUUUAUAUGUUUCGUAUGUGCUGAUAACAGUUUACGUUUUAUUUUUUUAAAUUUUUGCUUUAUAUGUAAUUUAUUUGUUAAGUUUUUUUCUUUGCCUUUAAGUUUAGCUCAACAUCUAUUCAAUGUAAUUUAGUUGGCAGCAACAAUAUAUUAUUAUUAUUAUUAUUUUAAAUGUAAGCGAUCUCGACACCUUAAGUGUUUUACAAAUAUAUAAUAAUUAUUUAUGCAUACAUUUAUAAUGUUUUUGUUUAGUAAUAUACAUAGUAAUAUAUAUAUACAACGUGCGUUUCAAUUACUAUUAAACGUUCGUACAUACAUGUAGGUUUUUUGAAUUUAAUUUUCUAAAUUUUAUUUUUGUAUUAAUCUACAAAUUAAUUUCUCAUUUGCAUAUUUUGAUUUUGAAAUUCUAAUUGCACUUUUGUUUUGUUUCAAUUUUUUUUCUGGCCUCAUUUUUCCUUUAUUAUUACUAUUAGUUGGCAUUUUUUUCCUAUUAGUUCUUAGUAUGCGUUACACAAGACUUGUAAAAUUAAUUAAUUAUUCUUUUUAUAAAGAACAAAAAACUAAAAAAAAAACACAUAUUAUAAUAAAAUAGUUGUAAGUAAAUGAUUUAUUAGAGAAACG